UACCAAACGACCGCACAAAUUGAAAAAUGGAAGCAAGUUAUGUUUACUCUAAAAAACGCUCCGAAUUCGGGAGGCAGUGUAACUUAAGCGACAAAAAUGCUGAAGUCCUGAUAGAAAUAUUACCGGAUGCAGAGUUGUCUCAAAAGUUUAUCGAAAUGAAUCCUGUAGACAAAGGUGUUCAGUGCUCACAAGAAAUGUCUGAACACGAAGCCAAUACCGAAAGGUACAGAUCAGAAACACAUGGAAUGAAUCACACGGAGGGUGGCUGGCCGAAAGAUGUCAAUCCGCAGGAACCUGAUCAGGUAAUUAGAUAUCGAAAGAAAGUUGAGAAAGAAGACGUCUAUAUUGCGACAGUUCAUAAACUAGGAAACAUUAUGGAACAUUGUAUUAAACAAAAUAAUGCCCUAAACAUAUACGAGAACUACUUCGAUGACGUGUAUCUAAAUGCUUCUGAAGAUUCCCUAUCUGCAAAGACUAUAAACGUUCUAAAGUGAAACAAGUUCAUCUUUAUAUUUUGAUGAUUUAGAGACAUAAACGAUUAUAAGCGCAGCGUUGCCUACUUAUCCUGGUUUACAGAUGGUCCAACGAAAUUAGCAGUUGCUUACUGUAACACGGAGUUUCAAUCUCAGUCCCUAUCGAAUGAUUCAUAUAUAUGGGACUUAAACAAUCCCAAUAGACCAGAGUUGAUACUUAAACCAGCUUCUCCUCUUGUUUGUAUAGAAUACAACCCUAAAGACUCUCAUACGUUAAUUGGGGGAUGUUACAAUGGACAGUUGGCUUUCUGGGACAGGCGUAGGGGCUCACUCCCAGUUGAAUUAUCUCCAGUUGAGCAUAGUCAUAGAGAUCCUGUCUGGAAAACGCUGUGGAUACAAUCGAAAACUGGUACUGAGUGUUUCUCCACUGGGACCGAUGGACAAGUUUUCUGGUGGGAUGUUAGAAAGAUGUCUGAACCUACAGAAUUUCUUUACCUUGACCCUACCAAAAAACAAGACAUUUCUUGUGCUCAGGGUGCGUAUGCACUGGAGUACGAAUCUACAAUGCCAACGAAGUUUAUGGCUGGAACCGAGCAGUGACUAUUUCGAUGAAUCUGGUGUUCAUCUGAUUGUACUAAUGAAUUUUGGCAAGUUGGACCGACGCAAAUAUAAGCCUGUUCCUAUGUUGUACCUGACUGACUGAGUAAAAUUUUGUCUCUAUAAUCGAGGAGUGUUAUGGAUUAUUAACAACCCAAUUUUUAUUACAUCCACUAAUAAUCACAAAUCGUUCGUUUCUCGCUGUAUUUAACGAAUGUGGCAUGCUCGGUUUUAUGAAAUUUCACUUCUUAUCAUCUAAUUACUUUUACAUGUAUCAUUAGUUGAUACCAAACUAAUAUGAAUUUAUCUAAAUAAAUGGGGAGUAAAACCCUAUACACAAUAUUAUUAUAUUGAAUAACGAUUUAUGUCCUAAAAUAUCUUUUAAAUAUGUGAUAUGUUUAUUUGAUCAUUUGACUAUAUGACCUUAUUCAAUCUCAUGGUAUGUUAUUCCAUUUUGAUUGUGAACACUGUCAAAACGUUGCUUUAUAUGCCUAUGUGUUAGCCGCUUAUUUAAACAUAUUCAUUAUUCAUAAAAAUGAUGCUUGAUAACUUAAAUAAACGUCUUGAAACAGCCAUUUUUUUAUACAAUGCUUUGAUAUGUUUGCCUACUAGCAACACGUGACAAACGAAAUUUUCCGACCUGAUUCUACCGAAUUUGUGGCCAAACACGGAAAACGUUACGAAGUGAAUACAUAACUGAAGCUCUACUACUUAACCCAGAUCAUCGCAACAAAUUUUGAAGGAAAUAUGGAAUGAAGUUUUCAGUGUUUCUGUAAAUAUUUAUAACGUGAUUCAGGCACAUAAGGCAGGGUACGAUAUUUCUCAUAUUACAUACUAAACCUCGUAUUCUCGAGAAAAUAAAAGUAUACACGUUUGAUAGAUCAAUACAUUUACGACAAAUUAACAUGGAUUUCCGUCUAGAUGGCCAAUCUCAACCCCUAAAAAAUAAUCAAAGCGUGACAUAAGUGAAAUUCACUUAUUGCUUUAGUGUUUUCCAGACUACAUGUACCUCUAUGUGAUAAUGAAUUAUGGAUGAGAGACCUAAAUUAAUAGAUUGUGACAAAACAACAUGAUUGAUUAUGCAUACACCAGUCGUCUAGAGAAGACCAUUGAAGCACGUUGAUUAAUAAUCAUUUAUUCCUUAUAUAACUUAUAGGUUGCUUAGAAAUAAAGUCAUUAUAUUUGGAAACAGGCUCAAAAAGGGAAUUAACUUGUUGUCAUUAAUAUUAACAUUUUACAAAAAUGACAUAUGUCAACCAUGUAGCUGAUAUCGACUAAACAGUGUUACGAUGACAAGUUACUAAAUAAGACAGAAAGAAUGAUGAACGUCCACUUUGAAAUGACCCUUUAAUUUUUAGGGAAUGAUUAUCUCCUGCAAUCGGAAAGGUAAAACACCUGCGGAAAAAAUCGUUGCUGUUUAUCCUGGACAUAUCGGACCUAUUUAUGCAUUACAAAGGAACCCAUUUUUCCCCAAGAACUUUCUUAGCAUUGGGGACUGGACUGCCCGAAUAUGGUCAGAAGAUAUUCGAGAAUCUCCUAUAAUGUGGACAGCUAAUCACAACCACGGUUUGUCGGAUGGCUGCUGGAGUCCUAUCCGACCGGCCGUAUUUUUUGCUACACGUUUGGAUGGAACACUUAGUAUAUGGGAUAUUAUAUUCAGACAGAAAGAACCUGCACUGAAUAUUCAGAUAUGUGAAGAACCACUCCUUUGUCUCAAAGUCCAAGAACAAGGUCGACUUGUUGCAACAGGAUCACAUAGUGGAAUAUGCACGAUCCUAGAACUCUCUGAAGGGUUUUGGAAUCAGCCUAAAAACGAGAAGUCAUUAGUCACUGCCAUGUUUGAAAGGGAAACCCAUCGUGAGAAGAUUCUGGAGGCCAGAAAUCGAGAAAUAAAACUACGAAAACAAAAAGCACAGGGGACAGUGAGUUUACCUAUGAAUAUAUGUAAUAAAAACCAUAUUAAAAUAAAAUAUAUCGUCCAUCCUAACCGAAGAAGACAGAAACAUGAAUAAUGAUUCUGAAAAAGUCUAUUAAUAAGAAUCUUCACUCACAAAUAUUCGCAUUAAAAAAUAGAACAGCUUUGUUCUGGAAAGCGUUAAUAUAAUUAUCCUAAACAACAUUGGAUUUAGAUGCUUCCAAAUACCCCUUUAGAAUUGUUAGCAUACAAUCUGGGCAACUAUAUUAUAUAUUAGAAGUCAGUUAAUAAAUAAACUUAAUAUUCGCAAUUCUUUCUUUGAACUCGAGUCUGAUUACAGUACGACAGAACGAGAAUGAUGUAGAUUGUAGGAAGUAAUUUCUUAUAGAUGUAAUUCUAAACUAUUCUCUAGACUGCCGAGCACAAAUCUUAGCUUAGCCAAAGUUAGAACAAGUAUGCUAUUUGGUUUGAUAAACUGUCUGUUUCUAAAACGUAGAUUAACACUGUUAGUAUACAAAAUAAGCAAUUAGUAUAGUCAUUUCAAUGGUUGAGUCGAUUGAAGCUAGACCACUAUGGAAAACCUUGAAGCACUGGACGACCGUUUCGUCCCAUCGCGGGACUCCUCAGCAGUGCGCACCCAUGAUCCCGCCCCAUGAGGUUCGAACUCAGGACCUAUCAGUCUCGUGCGCGAUCGCUUAACCUCUAGACCACUGAGUCGGCACCCAACUGUGUUAAUAUCUGUUAAACAGAGAAAAGAGACAUAAAUAAAAUUACCGAACAGUAACUAGAGAAUAGGAAAAAUGAGUCAACAAACUUAAUAUCUCCCAUGAUAAACAUAAAAUUAUGAUUGGUGAGUAAGCAAAGCAUAGUCAUACAAGGUCAAAGAAAGUUAAUGUGGUGGUGGGCGUUCCAUGUUAUCAUUGGUGGGUUAGUUUAUCGACUACAUUUUGCACUAAUGAAAUCCAUAUCUCACCUCGUGUAUAUUCCGUCGGCAAAUCACAUUGACACACCAUAGAUAAAAUUCGGAUACGAUACGUAUUCGACAUAUAUGUUACAGACUUAUUAAUAUUGAAAGGCAGAAAAGCUAUCAAAAAUGCGGCAAAUGCACUAAGCAUUCGAUUCCGGCAAUACACCGACUUUCCUUAUAAGUCGUAAAAAGUACGGAGUGGAUAAACGCAUACGUACCACCAAAGACACAUAGACAGUAUUUCUAAUGGAACCAUACUCACUAGACUAAUAUGUUAACAAUUAUUUCCCCAACUGAUAAUAUGGGUUCAAGAUGUCAUGUAGCCAGCUAACUGUAGGGUUCUAGUUAUCUUUCUAUUACAAAAAUUCUACUCAUUGUUCUUUUAUCUAUUAUUAGAAAAGAGAUAUGGUCUAUUGAGCAUUCCACUGAUCGUAUCAGUUAAGAAAUAUUUUAAUUCCGAAAAUUUCGUCAGCAAUGAAUACAAACCAGAGAAACCAAUCACUAAAGUUCUUACUAAUAUUUCUAGUAUUACCAAGAGCAGAAAACCUAGAAAAGUUUAUCACAGUCAUUCUACUAAAAGCACACGGUUUCGACGUGCCCAGUUGAUGGUUCUUAAAACUGGAAGUUCUUUCCACAUUGUAGUUGAACAUGAUGUUUCGUAGCAAACAACCAGACUUUAUUGGGAGAAUCACUUUUACUUUCAAUUUAUCCUUUCUAAAAAUAACUGAGAACGAAGAGCGAUAUUAACAUCAAGUGAAAUUUCCCACUUUUGAUGUUCACUCACAACUAUUUUAAAGAUUCGUGCUUUAUUGGCAAACUACCCGAUCAAAACUUGCUAAAAUGAAACUUGAGAAAAUAAGACAGAUGUCCCCACGAUCAUUUGGUCCUUAAAUGCUGUGAGAGUAGUAAAUUUUGAUAUCAGUAUUGUUGUUUAAAGAUAAACUUAGAGUAACAAACGUUGCUGAUGAAAACUCAAAGAAAACAUUCAAGUGAUGUUGGGGCGAUUUCGUUAUACAGUAAACACAUCCUAACAGCCUCUGAUAAAUCCUGACACUUAGUUAUUUCAAAUCAAUGUACAACGUAGAAAACUAAUUACCGAACCUUGAAUCAGAAGAAAAUCUGUUGCCAUUGUUUCCCCACUCGAGGUUUCUGAAAGACAGCAACAAUAGUCAUGUUUACCUGUUUAUUCACUAAGGAAUGAAAACAUCACCCCAAAAGACGUCAUUUACGCGAUGGCUAAAUUCUUUCAAGCCACAAAGCUUGUAUCAUGGUUGGAUAUCUACAAAUAGAGACCACUUUUUAUAUUUCAGAAGUGAUUCAAAAAAAUGGUCGAGCCAAGAACAGUUAGUCAUUCAAAGGUUAUUCGAAUUUGUAACGCAUAUGAAUUGUCUAACUGUCGACCCGAGCCAAUCCAGUGAUGAAGACUUUUUAAGUCGUGGAUAUGAAUGAAAACACUGAGUGUAUACAUCAGGUAACAGUACCCAUAUUCUGGAUCAUCAGAGUAAUCACUUAACCCCCUUAUCACUUACAAUUUAUAGGCCUUCAUUAAAUUGCCCCUCAAGACAAAUACCCUGUCUGACUGAAUAAUUUUGUUGGUCUCAUCGCAUGUUUUGAAGCAUAAUAACUUUACUCUACGCGCUCCCAUACUGGGUUUUACGUUGUAUGGUAGAUAACAUUUCAUAUACUCAACUGCGCUUAGUCACCCGUAAAGAACAGACUUUGUGAUUAAGGCAUUCACAUCUGCCUGUUUAUUCUAGGAUUUCAGAGAAUAGGGAUCAUUCUUACUAACAUGUACACGAGAAACUAACUAUACUUGCGUAUACAGUCAUAUAAUUCCGAUGGAUAAGAAUGGUGAAACAGCAGCUCCCGACACUAAUGCAGUUGGUUCAAUGUGCGACAACCGAAAUGAGUACGAAUCAUAAUGAAGAACAAGUUGUUACAUGUUAUCUACAUAAUAACAUUUUGCGUAAAUAUACCCUUAUUUCAUCCUGAACCAAAACACUAAAAAACUAAGCCUUAUUUGCUUACGACUUUAUCCGAACCCCCUGUUAAACACUGAUAAUUAUGUGAUUAUAACACUACACGCUCUAUUUUCAUAAUUUGCUUUAUCUGAUUCCGACUACCUUAAUCUUUUGGUAAAGAUCAGUUUCUUUUGCACAGGAUGAGACAACUGCUAUUGAUGAAGAAGAAUUAGACACAAAACGAGUGGAAGAAAUUACACGUUCAACACAAGAACAAUUUUUUGAAACCAUUGAACGAAAACUCAAAGAACGUGAGCUAAGAGAAAAGCUUGCUAUGGAAUCUGCACAAACUGCAAGCAAUAAACAGUUAAAGAAUGAAAUAGUACUUGAUGAGGAAGAAGAACGUCCUGUAUCAAGCGACGAUGAGCAAGAUGUUGUUGAAAGGGAAGGAGAACAAGUUUUGCAAACUGAAGCAGACGAACCUAGUGAAGCUGUUCAGUCUUAAUCUAGAAUUCAAGAUAGCUCACAUCAUGUUCUGAGUUUAUCGCUGAUGAUAAACGGAUCUGGAUGUCUGCUGAUGUUAUGUUAUAUCGAAUUUUUUCUCGGAAUAUUAAAAUAUAAUAAAGUUUUUGGUGCAG